AAAGUUCAGUAUGUCAAGCCCAGAUGAAGAUGAGGUGCCAGCAAUCCAAACAGGUGACAGACAAAUCAUGAACCAACAUCAACCCUUCUAGUGACCUGACUCUCCAUAGGUCUACACCGUUUACAAUCCAAACCCCACAUGAAAUGAGAGUGAAUUCUGUAUAAACCCUCUUUCUGAUGCAGACUUUUUUUCUCUGUAAAACUCAGCUCUUGUUUUCACCUAUUGAUGGACCCCUCUCAACCCAUAGAAUGACAUAUAGAACCCUACGUCUCAACUACUCUGUGGUUUAUCUACAAGGCCCCAAGGGUGUGAUCAAUGACUGGAGAAAGUUCAAGUGUGAGGACCAGGACACCCCUCCCAGCAAGAAGGAGCUUCUCAGACAGAUGUCCAACCCCCAGAGCGAUGACAUUUGCGACAGACUCAACCGCAAGGUCAGUCAGUGUUCAACCACAGGCACAAGGUCAGUCAGUGAUCAACCACAAGCACAAGGUCAGUCAGUUUUCAACCACAAGCACAAGGUCAGUCAGUGUUCAACCACAUAGUCAGACAGUAAGUGACUCGACCACAGAGGGAGACACAAGUGUUACAAGCUCCUGUGAGAAUCAAAACGUGUUUACUUGACCUAUUUUAAUCCAUUGAAAUAAAAUGACUAGACCCUCCAUUCAAGUCAAUUGUAUUUCUAUGUUUCAGACCCCUAUACCUACUAGACAUGAGCCUUGACUCAGCUCCCAUCACCCCAUUUGUCUCCAUACAGAUGAGUGUCCAGGAGUAUGAAAUGAUCGCAGAGGAGGACGAGAAGUGCCUGCGCAAGUACCGCAAGCAGUGCAUGAAGGAGAUGCACGAGCGCCUCAGCUUUGGGCCUAAGUUCGACAGUGUGGUGGAGUUGGACAGCGCUGAGGCCUUCCUGGAGGUCAUUGAGAAGGAGCACCGGCUCACCCUGGUGAUCGUCCACAUCUACGAGGAUGGGGUCAAAGGUUGCGAGGCGCUCAACUCCUGCUUGGACUGCCUGGCCACCGAGUACCCCAGCAUCAAGUUCUGCCGCAUCCAGGCGGCUGCAACGGGCGCCGGCGAGCGCUUCUCAGACGACGUGCUGCCCACCAUUCUGGUGUACAAGGCAGCCGAGCUGCUAGGGAACUUCCUGUCCAUGACGCAGCACCUCAGCGAGGAGUUCUUCGCCACCGAUAUCGAGGGGUUCCUCAGCGAGUACGGCCUGCUGCCCGAGAAGGAGUUUGCGGCCUGUCCUGAUGAGGAGGAGGCAGGUGUGGAGGUGGAG